AUGGAACAGGGCCUGGCCUUCCUGCUUCCCCUCUUCGUGGGGCUCCUCCAGCAAGGCCGCGGUGGGCGCCUGGAGGUGGAGCCCCGCGAGCCCGUGGUGGCGGUGGCCGUGGGCGAGUCAAGGCAGUUCACCUGCCGCCUGGCCUGUGCGGGCCGCGAGGCCGCCUCGGUGCAGUGGCGGGGCCUGGACACGAGCCUGGGCGCAGUGCAGUCGGGCGCCGGCAGCAGCGUCCUCUCCGUGCACAACGCCUCGUUGUCGUCUGCGGGGAUCCGUGUGUGUGUGGGCUCCUGCGGGAGCUCCACUUUCCGGCACCCCGUGCGACUCCUGGUGUUUGCCUUCCCGAACCAGCUGACUGUCUCCCCAGUGGCCCUGGUGGCCGGGCGGGACCAAGAGUUGGCCUGCACCGCCCACAACAUCACGCCUGCCAGCCCUGAUGCCCUCUCCUUGUCCCUGCUCCUGGGGGACCAGGAACUGGAGGGGGUGCAGGACCUGGGCCAGGAGGAGGAUGAGGAGCCCCAGGAGGGCGAGGACCAGUUGUUCCAAGUGACAAAGCGCUGGCUGCUUCCCCCCCUGGGGGCAACUGCUCCACUCACCCUCCACUGCCAGGCGACCAUGAGGCUGCCGGGCUUGGAGCUGAGCCACCGCAAGCCCAUUCCAGUCCUGCACAGCCUGACCUCCCCGGAGACCCCGGUCACAACCUCCCUGGAGGCCACCCUGGAGCAGAACUCCCUGGAGGCCACCCUGGAGCAGAACUCCACCCACAGCCCCGGGAGUCCUGGCCCCACGGCUGGGAACAGCUCCACCAGGCCCUGCCACCCUGAGAUCCACCAGUCGCCAAUACCAGGGGGUCUGGAGCUGCUGUGUGAAGCAGCCUGUGGCCCUGGCGUCGCUGUGCAUUGGACCCGGGCGCCCGGCGAUCUGGCAGCUUACAAGAGGAGGGAGGACGGCGCCCAGGCUUGGCUGAGCGUGCUGUGGGCUGGAUGCAACCCUGAGGGCUGGUUCCAGUGUCGCCUGGACCCAGGGGGCCACACAGCCAGUCUGUACCUACACCCAGAAAUCUGCUCCCCGCCAACGUCCGCAGCCCUGUGGAUGGGCAGCUUGGUGCUGGGGCUGCUCCUCCUGGCGUUCCUCACCCGUCGCCUGUGGAAAUGCCGCCAGCCACCAGGUGACCACAAGGCCCACCAGCACCUCUGA